UGAGCGACCCGUUGCCCUGGGGAUGCGCUCCGGGACUUCUGGGCUGCAGCAACCGGCCGGGCCGCUCUAGAGGUCCGCUGGUACAGACGCGGGACUAUGGCCGUGUCCACCAAAGGCCGGGUUAUAUCAGUCGGCGCCUCCGAGGGCUUGUUCGAGGCCGACAAGAACUCAGGGGAGCCGGAGAACACCUAUAUUCUGAGGCCCAUUUUUCAGCAAAGGUUUAGACCCUCUGUGGUUAAAGACUGCAUCCAUGCCGUGCUCAAGGAGGAACUGGCAGUCGCUGAAUAUCUUCCAGAUGAAAUGCCUCAUCUCACAAAACGUCUAUCAGAAAUCAUUAAAGAUAAACUGAAAGAAUUGGGAUAUGACCGGUAUAAAAUGGUGGUGCAAGUGGUGAUUGGCGAGCAGAGGGGUGAAGGCGUCUUCAUGGCUGCUCGAUGCUUCUGGGAUGCAGACACUGACAACUACACUCAUGAUGUCUUCAUGAACGACAGCUUAUUCUGUGUUGUAGCAGUGUUUGGUUGUUUCUACUACUGAAUCUUUGGAAAGGGUGACUGUGAGCAUGAAGAAACCUCGACUUCUGUAUAAUAUCCUGACCAAAUAAAAAUAAGUUGGACCUUGGCACCUAAAA